UUCUGUUCCUCCACCUGUUAUUUCUGCAUAAGGAAAGCCAACAUCCCCUACUUACUCAAGGUAUGAGUUGCGAGAAUGGAGUCCAUGUCUCCCCAACCAACGCUGAAGACGCAACAAGAUCAUUUCCUUGCUUGUAUUGUUCGCGAAAGUUUCAUAGUUCACAAGCUUUAGGAGGUCAUCAAAAUGCCCAUAAGAAAGAGAGGAGUGCAGCUAGGAAGAAUAAAAGGGUUUCUCCUGAACUGAACACCUACUCUUCCCUCCCACAACCACCACUAGUAUUUGCUCCGAAUCAUCCAAUUGGUAUUCUCAACCCUUCUGUCUACCUAACUGCUCAUGCGGGCAACCUUUGCCAAUUCCCUGCUGGCCAUCAAGUUUCUAACAGGUUUGGAUCAAACAAUGCAGCACCGCGGUUUGAGAAUAUGGUGCUUUAUCGUUGCAACUACUUGAAUAACCCGUAUAAUCAGCAUGAAGCGGAUGAGAGAAGCUUGUCAAAUUGGCAAAGAAAUUCAACUAGGUGCAAUGGCAAUAGCGGAGAAUGCUCGGGGAUUCUGCCCUCGCUAAAUAAAAACCAGAGCUGUGGUGUUGAUGAUAAGGAUAAAGAUCAGAAGCUUGAUUUGUCUCUCCAUUUGUAGGAAACAAGAGCCUGGGAAUAUUUUAUGAAUACCUGCAUGUCUGGCUAGGCCGCUUUUCAUGGCCUCGAGUAUCAUGGUUAGGCUAAUUUUGUUGACCGACCUCGAAUCAUGUUAGUCCUUUUUCAAGCUAGGAA